AUCUUCUCACCCCCGUGACCCAGCCUUCCUCUACAAACUUCUUCAUUUCUCAAAACAGAACUCUGCUCUCACCCUCCGUUCGACGGCGAGGUUUGGACGACGGCGACUUCCUCAUUCGACGCCUUUCGUUCUUCAAACCAAAAAACUCAUUACUCCAAGGCUAGGUCACACGACGGCGAUUUCCGCAAACCGCAGCAACCUAUCACUCGACGGCGACUUCUUCAUUCUGGAGUAAUCUGGGGCUAGAUAGUUAAAAAAGAUGCCGCAUAGAACUCGGCCUAUGGCAGCCCUUUUGUUGUUUACUGGACUCAAUGUUGUUCUAGUGUCAACCAUUACUCCUGUCUAUGAUUUCGUGUGCUUCCAUCCUUAUUGGGAAAGAAGGAGAGAACAGCGUUGUCAAGAGCGUGAACUUGCUUCGGCAAAGAGGUCCGAAUCAACACAAAACGUUAUGCAAGGUUGAAGGAAGUCAAGAUCAGAUGACAAAGGAGAGAAAGAAAGGGAAAAAAGAAAUAUGACAAAGAAGCUUUGCAUGAGUAGCUAUUGAUUUUCAUGUUUAUAUAUAUAUAUAUAUAUAUAUAUAUAUAUUGUUUGGAGCUUAUAUUCAGUAUAUUUUACUGCUGGGUAUGUAUGCUAUAGGACACCAAUCAUUUAGAAUAAAAUCAUGGUUGAUCUGUCUCUAGCAAAUA